GUCCUGGGCACUCUAGGCGUGGGCUACCUCCUCACCGUCGCCUACCUCCGCAACCAACGCAAGCACCAAAAACAACAGCAAUACAACCACAAAUCUCUAUCCGAGAUCACCCUCUCCGAAGCCCAAGAGAUCCAACUCUACAUUUUCGAACUCGAGUUUCCUUUUCUCGCCCAAAAGGCUCUGGAGUUUGCGCUCUUCCGCACCUAUGGCAUCCCUUCUAUUUCCUCUUUGCUCAUGCAAACGAAACAAUUGUCUACCAAACAACAUGCUUCGAAGAGGAUGGUAGAUACCGCUAUUCUCAUGAUGGAAGUCAUUAUCAACCCGCCUGCAAGCGACAGAUCUGCGGAAGCGCUGGCCAGGACGAAUUUCUUGCAUAGUUUGUACGGAGGCAAGAUUUCGAAUGAGGAUAUGCUAUACACGCUUUCUCUGUUUUUGCUCGAACCCAUUCGCUGGAUUGAGAGAUUUGAAUGGAGACAGUUGACAGAGAUGGAAAUUGCGGCUAUGGGCUUGUUUUGGCUUAAAGUCGGACAAGGGAUGAAAAUUGACUUUUCUUGCUUGCCGGGAGAAAAAACCGGAUGGAAGGAUGGAUUGCAGUUUACUCGGGAGUUGGAGGCGUGGUGUGAUAAGUAUGAGGAAAAGUAUAUGGUGCCGGCGCAGAGUAACAAGGAUACUGCGGAUUGCACAACUGAAUUGUUGUUGUAUGCUGUCCCUGCUGCUUAUAAGGAUGCUGGCAGGAGAGUUGUCAAUCCGCCAGCAAUGUUGCAAUGGCUAGUCGACACGGGACUUGCUACUCGCAAGUUUGUUCUACGCCACUUCACUCUCCCAAGACCCAUCGUCUGGCGCAAGCAGAUAAUCGCGGAUACCAUCAACGCAAAUGGCAAGAUCUACAAACAGAUUUGGGAUCAAGAACCUUGGUAUGUCGAGCCUUCGUUCGCAAACCGUUGGUGCCUGCAAUCAUGGAUAGAUUGGUUGGCAGGAAGACCAAUUCCUGGCGACGAAGACGACAAGUACUUCCCUCAAGGUUUCAAGUCUUCAGUCAUGGGUCCUGCAUUCUUGGCCGGUAAGGGGCUCGCACAGGCCGAGAAGGACGAGGAGCAGAUUCGAGAGAUCAUGAGACCUGGUGUUACGAUAGCUGAC